AUGACAUUCUCAUGCUCCCGUCAGCUUCUUGAUCAUGCCAUCGAACAGUCAUCUCAAAAGUCGGGGUUUCGUGAAGGACCGGCGGAAGCGCCGACGCGAAUAACGAAUAAUGAUAUACUUAACAUGGCUUAUGGUAGCACUCGACGCCGAUCUAUGGAACCCACAGCACCAUCACGUCCCCCAUCCGUCACGACAAUCCGUUAUCGUUCUUCCACACUUCGUUUUCGGGACGACCAGGCCCGCGCGGUACAACGUGGAUGUGAGCAUCGUCCGAUCCUAGCAAUACAGGUCGCUUACGGCACGGGAAAGACUGUCGUAGGUGCAGUAAUAGCUGCUCGCGUAGCAACACCUGGAAUAUUGGUCAUCGCAACCGCCUCCACGAAUGUGGCGGUAGCCCAAUUCGCUGACACACGUCUUCAGCUAACCGACUACCAACACUUGCCUGUCGUCCGAUUCGUCGCGGAUACCGCCCUACGAGAAAGAGCACCAGUCACAACAGUCGACCUUCAUAACAUCUUCCAAGGUCUCCUGACCAAUUUUCCCAACGCAUUCGGUCCGAGAGACGAGGAACGUCUCAGAGCAUAUGCCCACAGACGACUUAUUGAAAGAUUACUUUUCAAUAGUGCCGACACAGUAAAUCUCACCGAUGAGGAACGCGAAGAAUUCAGGAUCGCUGAGGACGAGAACUCGGAAGCCACAGAAUACGCAGUGGAACUCAUGAUACGGGUGCGAUUCCCCGCUAUACUUUGUAUCACAACGUCGUCGCUUCUCAAAUCGACGCGUCCAGGCGGCCUUUUCCACGAGUUGCUCGCCAGUUGCAAAAUCAUCAUAGGUGACGAGGCUUCGCAGAUCCCGGAGCCGGCCUCCGCUGCCAUGAUCUUACGAUUCCCAGCUGCUCGGCAUAUUUACAUAGAUAACGCACACCAAUUGGCUCUUCAUCUUCGCUGCCCCGCAUCGUCACUGCAGGCACGGCUUGGAGCAAGGGGUGUCAUGGAUAUUCUACGGGAGGUUCCACUCGCACUACUAGUGACCACGUUUGGAGCCCACCCCUCUCUUAACUCUCUCCCAAAUCGUCUCGUCUAUAAUGGGACGCUCGUCAGCGAACACGGGCCUCGGACCGCGCACUUCUGGUGA